CGCCAUGCCUCAGCUGAGCACCUUCACGCGUCGGCUGCGCGCCUUCCUAGGCCUCCCCUACGAUAAUGGACACUUCACGUGCCAUCCCGAGAACCUAAAAAAAGGCGAGAGGCUGAAGGUCCCCGGCGUCGUCAAACGCGAUGCGCAGGACAGGUCGUAUGUCGACUGGAGUGAGUCAGCGUGGCAGGAGGUCGACCGGGACGGGUUCAUGGAUUUAGAAAAGGGUCUCACAGGCGAGACCCACUUCGUCGACAUGCAGAGGAAGACCAUCGAUUCCAGGCUCAGCGAGGUGGAGGAGAAGGUGUGGAGGGCCGCGAACGCGGCGGAGGGCGACGAGUCUGCACUCAGCAUCUCUUUAGCAGAGGACAUCUGGCACCUUCUCACCGUGGACCUCUCCAUCGCGAAGUUCCUCCUGCUGGAGGUGAUGAUGGAGCUGUUCAUGAUCGUAUCCUUCGCGUUGCUGCUGUUCGUGGUGGACAUCGCCGAGAGCUUCACGGAUGACCAGACAAAUGCUGAGCUGUUCAGGAGCAAAAUGAUGUUGAGCCUGACCGCGGUGAGGCUCAGCACGGACUCCAUCUUCGGGUGGACGGGUAGGAGAGCCUCGUCCGGGAUCGAGGUGGCGAUCCUCGCCAUUCAGGGCUGGUUCCACUGGCUCCUGCUCUCCAUCGCGGGCGCGGUCAUCGUCGCCCGAGCGCUCAAACCCUUGCGCCAAGUCAUCUUCGCGCCAGACGCGUGCCUCUCCGACCGAGACUUGAGCGUUCGAAUGCAGGUCAUACGGCACUCGACGGUUACCCUGUAUAACCUGCAGUUCACCAUGAACCUCGUGGCGAGUGGCGGUAAGUCGUGGACCCUGCCGAUAUCGGUGCCCACGCUGGCCAGGUGGACGUCCGCGAUGCCGCUGACCAUCAAGCACGAAAUCGACGAGAACUCGCCGCUGCAUCCGAGCCAGGGCCUCCUCCAAUCGCUGAUGAUGGUCCGGGUGUCGAUGUCCGCGACGGAUAACCACGGCAUCCUGGUGAACGCGGGGAUCGUGUACUACGAUCCGGAUUCGUUCUUCGCCCAGAAACCGGCGUUCUCGGGGGCAUUCGCGAAGCAGGGUUACCUCUUCCCUCGGCUCCUGCGAGGGAAAAAAUUCUGUGACCAGAUGCGGAUGUUCGGGGACGAGCAGUUGAACAUGAUCAAACCCAAGACGCUGCCGAUGUUGAUAGUCGACCUGGACAACAUGCCGCGGACGAAGGUGGACGAGAAGGCGACGGAUGCGCUGGCGCCCUACCAACACAGCAACGCGGUCAACAGAGUUGUCACCUUCGAAGGUAAAAGACCAGAGUAACUAAGCACUAG